AUGGCGCCUUCCAGGACGGUAUCGUUCUUGUUACCGGCAGUGGUCUGGGUUUGUUGUUACCUUGUGGUCGCUGACGAUGGGGUAAUGAAAUUAGCGUCGCUGUGUGCCUUGAUUAACCGUGUUUUUAUAUCGUACAGUCCUACACUUGUUCGUCUAAUAUUAUUGUGUGCCUCACAAAACCCUCACAAUUUAUCCUUAAUUCCUUGUACAUAUAUUUGCACCAAUCCUGAAAUUAAUCCCGUUACUCAAGAACCGGUCCGAUGUUCAAAUUCUACAGCUUAUGCACCUUGUUUUCCGGCACCUGCCAUCUCAUGUAAAGAUUAUGCCGGGAACGUGUCAAACUUCACAGGAAAAGAAAUCGGAUUCUUUAAGCCCUUCCCCUGCCGCAAUGUAAAUGGUUACUCUUACAAAGUAGCCGUGGCCUUAUCCUUAUUCCUUGGGUGGCUGGGAGCCGAUAGGUUUUACCUAGGAUACCCAGCGCUUGGAAUGCUGAAAUUUUGCACGGUGGGUUUCUGUGGGAUUGGAAGCCUGCUUGACUUUAUUCUUAUCUCCAUGCAGAUCGUCGGACCCUCUGAUGGAUCGAGUUAUAUCAUCGAUUACUACGGAGCGAGGCUGGUCCGUCUUGGCAUAAACAACGAGACCUUUCGAAAAACCCAGCUGUACCCGUAAAGUACAAGUAAGUUUAAAACCUGGGGCUGUUCUUACGUAGACAGAAUGCUGA